AUGGGACGACUUGACGGCAAGAUAGCCAUAGUGACCGGCUCGUCUAGCGGAAUAGGCCGUGCUAUUUCGCUAGAGUUUGCUCGAAAUGGCGCCAGAGUGAUUUGUGCAGAUAUUGCCGAGAAAGCCCGGGCAGAGAUUGCCUCCGAGCUGACCAUUACGACGCACGAUCUGAUCACCAAAGAAGGUGGCCUUACUGAGUUCUUUAAGGUCGAUGUCACCAAGGGCGAAGAACAAGAGAGGUUGGUGAAAUAUGCUGUCGACAAGUUCGACAGACUAGAUAUAAUGGUCAAUAACGCCGGGAUUGCGAGUGAAGCCAAAGAUCCCCAACCAAUCUGGAGCUUCGACCAAACCACCUUUAAGAUGGACUUGAAUAUCAAUGUGAUGGGAGUAUUUCUUGGAUGCAAGUAUGCUUCUGCCCAGAUGAUCAAACAAGACCCUCUCCCGUGCGGCGACAGAGGCUGGAUAUUGAAUACUGCAAGUAUUUUCGGCCUAGUCGGGUCACCCGGUGUCGCUGGCUAUGUUGCAUCUAAGCAUGCUGUGAUCGGAUUGACCAAAGUAUCGGCCUGGGACUGUGCGCCGCACCGAAUCCAUGUGAACGCUCUGUGUCCUGGAUACACAGAUACAGCCUUCAUAGCUGGGCUUGAGAGACAAAAGAAGGCUCAAGUUGAAGCUCUCCACCCUUUUCGAGGACUGGGAAGACCAGAAGACAUUGCCAAAGCUGCCUUGUUCUUGGUCUCAGAAGAUAGUAGUUGGGUGACGGGUAUAGGCCUGCCUAUAGAUGGAGGCUAUACAGCUUUUUAG